AUGUGCUCACCACCGCUCACAGUGGCCACCACGGCUUCCACUACCACUUCGGUGAUUGACCUCAAACACCCGCCACACCUUCCUGGCAACCUUUCCGUUAUCGCCUCGCAGCUGUUGGCACUCUUCAUCGGCAAAACGUUUGCAACGCCCCAGUAUGUGGUCGACCUGAUCCACCUGUGCAGCGACUUACAAACGUUCCCCAGCGACAUUUGGUAUAUCCUGCGCAAGUACAUCUCCAAGGAUCCGGUGACAACCGAUAUCUUCGUUGCAUACCGCGAUCACGCCGCCGGCUUUGAGGGUGAGGUCGACUACAUCCUUGUGGCGGAGAAAGACGCGGUCCUUCGUCGUUUGGUGUCCUCUGGUAUUCUGGCCGACCCGGAUCUCGGCCAGGGCGCCAUUAUCACUGGCCGCGGCCAGCCCGACCACACCACCAAAGAGCUGUUCUGUCGCCUUGCGCUAGACUUUCCGUCGGCCGCGGUGCUGGGCUUGUUUGACGCCGACCCGUGGGGGCUUACCAUCCUCACGGUGUGCAAACACGGCAGCCGGAAGAGCCGCCAAGGUCCAGUCCUGCUGUGGUGUCCGCGCCUCCGUUGGAUCGGCAUCAAGCACUCCGAAUGCCUCCACCAGCGUAUCAGCCCCGAGCUCUUCGCCCCCCUCUCGCCCACGGGCAUUGCCAUCGUGCAAAACAUGCUCCUCAAUCCUGACACGGAUGUGGAGUUACUGCCGGAGCUGGCCCUAAUGAGGGUUAUGGGGGGCGCCUGCAUUGAGGCGGCGUACUCAACAGGCGAUGAUCGCCGCUUUAUCGACUACGUCCGGGGCAAGAUCAGGGAGGCGCGCAACUUGUAG